AUGGCAAAUGGGCAGACAACUGAUAGAAGAUGGUUCGUGUAUUCAAUUUCUUUGGAUAAGAUCUUCUGUUUUUGUUGCAAGUCAUUUAAGACAGAAAAAAUGGAUAAAAAUAUUGGCCACUUGGGUAAUGACGGAUACAAUGAUUGGCAUAAUAUGCAUCGGCGUCUUACACAUCACGAAGUGUCUAAAGAGCAUAUAGGUUGCAUGAUUAGUUGGAUAGAAUUGGAAAAUAGGCUUCAAACAAAACAUACAAUUGAUAAAAGCAUACAAUUGUCUAUCAACAAAGAAAGAGAGCAUUGGAGACAAGUGUUAACGAGAAUAAUUGCUAUUGUGAAAAGACUCCCUAAAAAUACUUUGACAUUUCGUGGAGAUUGUGAGCAACUUUAUGUUGAGAACAACGAACUUUUUUUGCAAAUGAUAGAAAUGGUUGCCGAGUUCGAUCCAAUAAUGGAAGAACACAUUCAAUGUGCCCAAACACGCAAGAUUCAGUAUACAUAUCUAGGCCCUAAGAUUCAAAAUGAAUUGAUACAAAAAUUGGCAGGCGAGGUGAGAAGUGCAACUGUCACAAAAGUGAAAUAUGCAAAAUAUUUUUCCAUCAUACUUGAUUGUACUCCAGAUGCGAGUAACGGAGAACAAAUGUCUCUAGUAAUACGAUGCGUGGAUGAUUCGAUAAACUCGACGAUGGUACAAGAAUAUUGGAUUGAAUUUUUCAAGGUGGAUGAUGCAUUAGGAUUUGGACUUUUCAUCGAGCUUAAAAAUGUGUUAAAGAAUCUUGAGCUUGAUAUUGAUAAUAUAAGGGACAAGGGUAUGACAAUGGAGUUAACAUGA